CCAGUUUCUGUGUAGGCUUGCUUGUUGCUGUGGAAGUAAACAAACGCUACCGGUGAAUACACGCAUUUUUUCGGUGAACAAUUUGAUGUAUGGACAUUUUUGGCUGCUGUAGUUUUGAGUACCCGAGUAGCAUGCAGGCUGCGUAACAUUACUAAAGAGAGGAUUGUACAUAACCAGUCAAGCUGACCUCGGGCCACAAUGGGUGAGCGAGGGACAAGUCCGUACCACGAGUCAUAUGUCGAUCGCAGUGACGACCAAUACAGUGAUGACUUUGAUGAUGAAACAUCUGAUGUCGGCACUAAGAGAUACAAGACACGAUCCCCACUUAAUCGAACAGGAUCAGGACAUACACGUCCUAGGCGUCCAAAAGACUCGAGAGGUUCAGAUAGCAAACUGCUGGACAAUCGGUCGCACAGGGGUCGUGGUGGAAAGGGGCGUGGCAGGUUCAAUCACCUGGGAAGAACUAGUCAAGAGUCGCACAAUGUGGACAAUAUCGCCAAACGUGUUCUUUCUGCGCGUCGCCUCAAAAUCAACGAAAUACAAAAUCAAAAUCAGGAACUUCAGUUGCAAAUCAAGGACUUGAAAGAGGAAAAUAAAUUACUCAAGAAAACACAGAACCGUGCUGAUAAAGCAUUACAAAAAUUUGAGGACCGUGAAAGUGAACUUCCGCAGUUGAUACAAAGACAGAAUAAUGAGGUGCGGAGUUUGCGGGAUCAAAUACGGAAAUGGCGCGAAAAGUAUGAGAAAACUGAUCGUUAUUUGAGGGACGCCGAAGAUGAACUAGAAAAAUUGAAAAUUAAGUUAAAAAAGCUUAAAAGUUUAGCAGAUGAAAAGGAGUUACCAGAGCGUAGUGACUUAAAUAAGAAGUUAAAUAAUGCUGAACUUGACAUGGAAGCAAAGGAUGUGAAAAUAAAGGAGUUGGAGCGGUACAUACAGAAUCUUGAGAAAAAUCACCGCCAUGAGCUGGGUAUAGAACGAGCGAGACAGAAGGAUGUGACCAAACAGUUGACUGAACUCAGGGAACAGCAUGACAAGCUCAACAUUACGGUCCAGGAAAAAGAGAAGGAAAUUCAGAUGAAGAACAUCUAUGUCCAGCGGGCGCAGCAGAAGCCCCCUCACAGAUUGCCAAACUCCUACAACGGCACACCCCAAGGCACUCCCCCUCCACGCCGGCGCCGGCAGUCUCUGUCGGAGGCUGACAAGAUGACCCCUCGAGAUAGGGCAAAAAUGAUGGAGGAGAAACGACGGGACGAGUUGAAAAAACAGAGGGAACUGAAAAUGACUAAGAAAAAACCAGGAGAAUUUCUGUAUGAAGAGGAGGAGCAACACGAUAAAAUCAAGAGGGAGAAGGAGCUACGCAGAAUGCAGGAGGAUGACGAGAAAAAGGAGGAAGAGAGGAGGGAAAGAGAAGAAAAGGAACAACGUGAAAUGGAGGAACGGGAACGAAGGAUGAACGAGGAGGCACAACGGGAUGCAGAGGAGCGGAGGUCAAGGGAAGAAAGAGAAAGGAUGAAACGGGAAGCGCAAGAAAGAGAACAGCGUGAGAAGGAAAGACGGGAAAGGGAGGAAAGGGAAGAACGGGAAAGGGAGAAGAAGUUGAAGAGGGAACAGGAGGAACGGGAAAGGCGGGAACGGGAAAGAUUGGAGCAGGAGAGACGCGCAGCUGAGGAACGGAGGAAAUUUGAGGACGACGUUACGGUGCAGGCAGAAAGGAAGAAGAAGGAUGAGAUACUGGCAAAGUUGAGGGAGAUUGACGAGGGAGGUGCUGGUAGAAAGAAGGACAAGGAAAGUGCAAAUGAUCCCUUCUUUGUGACUCAGGUGAAAGAGGACAGUACGGACUCAAUGGCAAGUAAAAAGAGCUACACUUUCACAAAGCCCAUCGAGAAUCUGCAUAAAGGGAAGCCUGCUCGUAAGGAUCCACCAUCGUCAAACACUAGUUUUACUGUUGGUCCAGGGAGGAAGACCAGAAACGAUGUGGGCUCAAUAGAAACUGGUGGCUAUAAUCCGACUUUUGGCUCAAAACACGGGGGUGGUGGUCCUACUUCCACUGCGGCCACAAAAACUUUCUCCUUGUUUGAUGAUGAGGACUCAAAAUCAAGGUCCACUGUGCCUCCAAAACCAGCAAAUAAAUCAAAACUCAUGGAAGACUUGUUUGGCUCAAGUGACAAUAAUGCUCCAAAACACAAUGAUUUAUUUUCCUCAUCUAAACCUGUUCCAAAGCGAACACGGGAAACACGGGGCGGUUUUCCUUGGGAUGAAGAUGGACCAUCCACCAAGAACCAGUCUGAGGGUUUUAAAGCUAAACGGGAAAAUUCAGCAACACUCUUUGGUGGAGGCAGUGCGCUAGUAAAUGACGAAGAUUUUCAAAAGUCAUCAAUUCGUAAUAACGCAACACUUCCUCGAAGGCCGAAACAGGCAACGGCAACCUUAAGUUCAAAGCCUACAGUUAAUGCAGUUGACCAUUUUGAUGAUGAAAUAGAAGAAGUUAUUUUAUGAGCAGUUUAAAACAACAUUGAAAUUUUUCAGCAAAUUUUAUAACAAUUGAAUACGUUAUCACACAGGUGUUAUUUUGUACGGAUAAUUAAAAAUGAUAUAUGUUUUAAAUAAUCUGUGAUAUUUUAUUUAUUGUGUUUUUGUCUUUUAUAUGUUGUGAUAAGAUUUCUAUUUGUAGCAAAAUGUGAUAAUGUCAAGCGUAUCAAUGUUUUAGUUAAGUGCUUUUAUUUAUUUUCAUGAACUUAUAAUUUAUGUUGAACUAGGCAAAGCAUGUUAGUACAGGUAAUUGUGAGCCCAACAGCUGCAUUUUAUUGGUUUAAUACAUGUGUUUACCAGCACUUAUUAAACAAGUAUAUAAUUGCAACAUGAUCAUAGAAAAACGAAUUGAAUAAUUUGGAAACAUUGCUAAUGUAAUUAUUUUCAACAUGUGUCAUUCCCUUUUGUGUGCUAUUUGACAUUGUUUGCCAUAUUGCACUGUAUAUAUAAUACACCACCAGGUACACGUAAUUAGAGAACUCUGCACAAAAAUAAUAAAUGGCUUUUUCACAUAAAAUUAUGUGUAUUUGUGUACAUUUUUUAAUGGUUUUCACAAGUAUAAAACAUUCAAGGUUGUUUUUUUUAAAUGAAAUAUUGAUCUUCUAAACAUCUUUAUAAAGUUACUCUCUGAAAGUUUUUGUAGAAUGUUUUAUUUCACAUAUAAUUUUUAAGUGAACUCAGAUUUCAAAUAUUGUUCAGAAAGGAUUGAAUAAUAAGAACUUUCUAACAUAUUUGUAUGACGAGCAUGGAAUUCCGACAUAUUUUACCGAGUCUACCUUGUGAGCUCAAAAGGUCAGUUUCUUUAAUGCUUUUUUUACCCCAAAUUGUAUGGUUUAAAGCUUACAAUGUGCAUUUAUUCAUUAAAAUUAUAAAUGUGUUCUGUAACAAAUCAUUGAAGAUCAUGAAAACUUUUUUUGAGUUUUUUGUGUGUUUCAAAUCAGUUGUAGUAUAUUGUUAAAGUGGUUAAAUUUAUGAAUUUUUUCCAAAAACAAAAAAAGUUUUCAGUGGAAUCAUUUUCGCUCAAGGUCAUUAAAUUAAUAGUUUAAAAUAUGUGGACUUUCUGUGGACUGUGGUUAUUAGAUGUAGCUGCCUAACAUUGAUGUAAGAAAUUCUUAGGUUUAAUGCUCUUCUUGAAUUGUCAACAUGUAAUUUUUCUCUGUUUUUAGAUAAUUAAAUAUUAUGUGAUUCUAACAAUAUAAUAUUUCUGCGAAUAAUAGAUCAUAUAAAGUAUACAUAAAUCUUCAUUGACUUUGUUAUUGAACUUUACCACAAACUCUGUAAAUAAUCAUUAUGUAUACAUUAUUCAUGAUAAAUUUCUUUUAUAUCAGUAAUGUAAUGUUGUAUUCACUUAAGAUAUAUGAAAUCAUUGUAUUUACAUUUUCAACAGACAAGUAUUUUAGUAUAUGAACAUUUAAUGGAUAUCAUUCUUACGAAAGUUCUUUUAUUUUGAACAUAUUUAAAUCUCCCCUUUUGCUUUCAUAGUUUUAUUUUACUGAUAAAUACAUUAAUUCAAAUGAUUAUUCAUGAUGCAUAUAACAAGCUUUGCCAAAUGAUGACUUCAUAUGGUUGUGAAAUACAGGUCUUAUACAUGUAACAACAGUAUGCAAAUGAUAUUUUAACUUUUUAAUUUUACCUGUCAGAUUUUACAUGUUGAAAUUGUUACUAUGAGCAUCUAGAUCAAACAUUCAUAGUCAAUCUUUUCUUUGUAUUAUUUGGAAAAGAAUUUCAGUGAAAUGUCAUGCAAAAAUGGGUUGUAUGUCAUUUGCCUUGUCAGCUGAUAUUAUCAGGUAACCUUGGGUAACUUUAUAGCAGACAUUUUCCUAUGAUGCAGCUCAUAUAAUUGCUUCAAGGGCAGAUUUCCAUUACAGAAGUUAUUGGAUUUUUUUUCACACAAGUACGAAUGUUCAGCUGUUUUCAUCUCCUUUUUCCAUCUUUGUUUUAGAUAUCAUAGAAACUGAAGAGAAAAAAAAUAGUUAGAAAUGAUAUCUCAGAAUAAAUCUGAAAAA